GAUUCUUGGGAGCUGGGCCUCAGGCUUUUGAUCGGAGUAUAAAAAGUUCCAGAUCGUGCGAUUAGGGUUUCUUUGUUAAACUUUGUUAGGGUUUUGAAUCUGUGUGUUGUUACUGUUAGGGUUUAUUUGUAAAACUUGAAGCUGUGCGAUUAUCUAAUUACAAUGGAUCAAGAUGAUACACCGGCUACAAAGAAGCUCAAAGUUUCUCACGAUCAAGAACCAAAUUUUCAGCCUCUUUUUGCAUCUUACAAUGACAAGAUCCGUCCAAUGCUUGACGCACACCGUCUCAACUUCAAAGAAGGCAUUCCCAUUCCUCUUCCCACUGUCGUCGUUAUUGGAGACAAGUCUUCGGGUAAGUCCAGUGUUUUAGAGUCCCUUGCGGGAAUAAGUUUGCCUCGAUGCACAAGGGUACCGCUUGUAAUCAAGCUUCAACAUCAUCCGGAUCAUGUGCCAGAGUUCAGUCUGGAGUUUCAGAAGAAAACUGUUAUGAUCAUAGAGGAAAGCCAGAUACCAGAAGCCAUCAAUUCGGCUACGGUGGAGAUUGCUGGAAAUUCUAAAGGUAUAUCCAAUGUUCCGAUAACUUUGGUGGUAAAAAAGAAUGGUGUUCCGGAUCUCACAAUGAUUGAUUUACCUGGAAUCACUUGGGUUCCUGUUGAUGAUCAACCCAAAAACAUUUAUGACCAAAUUACAGAAAUCAUAAUGGAGCACAUAACGCCUAAGGAAAAUAUCAUUCUAAAUGUUCUUUCUGCCGAAGUUAAUUUUACAACAUGUGAAUCGAUUAGAUUGUCACGGCGUGUGGACCGCACUGGACAGAGAACACUCGCUGCUGUUACCAAAUCUGACCAAUAUGCGGAUGACCUGCUUGAGAAGGUUACCACAAAUGCGGUUAACAUUAGUUAUGUCUGUGUUAGAAACCGGAUCGGUAAUGAAACAUAUGAUGAGGCUCGAAUCCAAGAAGCAAACCUUUUCAAAAGUCAUCAUUCAUUGUCCAUGAUUGACAAGUCUAGGGUGGGCAUUCCUGUAUUGGCACAAAAGCUUGUUCAAACCCAUGAUGUGAUCAUAUCCAAAUGCUUGCCGAAUAUUGUCAAUGAGAUCAAAGAGAAGCUCGAUGAGUGGAUGAGUCGGAUGAGUGGUUCCUUGAAGGAAACUCUCGAGAAACUUUUGAUACAUGGUGAGGUUGUUGGCUUGCCGGAUAAACAUAAGAGUUGUGAUGCUCGGUUGGCCAAGAUGGUAGACGAGUUCAAAAUAGAGUUACACGCAGAGGAUGAGAGUUUUGAAAAUUUUCUGGUUGAUGAGAUGCGGGUUUUGAAGGAAUCUGGUGGAAUCCGGUUGUCUCAAUUUGUUCCAGAAUAUGCGUUUUCAUACUUGCUACGACAAAAAGUGAGCAAAAUCUCUGACUUGCCUAUUAGCUUUGUAAACAAAGUGUGGAGCUAUGUUGAGAGCGUUUCUUUUGAAGUAUUGAAAGACCAUUGUGAGAGUUUUCCUCAGUUAUAUUCUCCCAUGAAGAAAGCAAGUCAGAAGGCAUUGGAAAAAAUAAAAAACAAGUUUUUACAGAGGGCUAUGGAUAUGAUAGAGAUGGAGAAGAACACAAAUUACACAUGUGACCCUAAUUUCCUUGCUUCUUGGAAGGAGCUGAAGUCUGCCAAUUAUGAUAAGUUAUCGGAUGCAGUUGUACGUCGUCGUUCAAAAUGGAUCGCUAUUAACGGGUAUGGUGAUGUUAAGGUUGACCAUUUGUUUGAUGUUCCUGCAAACAUAAGGGAACAAGCAUUUGAUCUGAAAAUGAAGAUGGUUGCUUAUUGGGCAGUUGUUCUGCGAAGAAUGGUGGACUGGUCAGCCUUAAAUCUUCGUUAUUGGAUCCAGAAGUUUGUCACGGAAAUGGGGAUAUCUGUUUUUACUGAUAUGAUGUUGCCUGGUUGUGGUAUAGAGAAGAUGAUGGAAGGACCCCGGUCCGUGGCUGAAAAAAGGGAUAUUUUUCGUUAACGGAAGUCACCGAACCUAAAAAUUAAGUAAAUUCUUUUUUAUAAACCCGGGGGUCGAAAACAUAUAUACCUAAAAAAUUCUAUAUGAAAUGUACAUACAUAACACUACUGAGUGAAAAGUUUGGGGGGUCGGACGCCUCUCUCGGUCCCUUGAAAGCUACG